AUGACAAUUGGGCAGAUCUUUGCUUACAUCAAGCAGGAAUAUGCCAAGGAAGCUUCUUUUGACUGCAUAGCCACAAUUGAUGAUGUUGAGCGUGACAGUGCAUGGUACUAUAUUGCCUGCGGCGGUUGUCAAACUAAGGCCACCAGAGGUCCUUCUUCGUUGAUGUGCGCCAAGUGUGGCAACACUAACGUUUCUGGUGUAGCGAAAUAUCUCGCAAAGAUCUCUGUCUACGACAAUAAUGACCAGGCUGUUUUCAUCCUACUUGGUGAUGCAGGAACUGAGUUGACAGGGAAGCAAGCGGCAGAAUUGGUUGACAACUACUUUGAGGCAAAUCAAGAACUUGGUGCUGGCCAUCAGAUGCCUGCCCCCCCCCCCCAAGCUUUAAUUGACACCAUUGGACAAACUCAUAAGUUCAGGGUCAAGGUGUCUAACCUCAACUUCAGCGGCAAGAUUCAGGCUAUAACUGUUACUAAGGUUUUCUCACCAGAGAUUCUGCCACCUGUGCCAACUCUAACUGAAAUCCCACUUGAUGCGGAAGAUGAAGUUUCUUUGGCUACUGCAAGUGUCGUUGAUGGGUCUGGAAUCAAUGCUGAUGAUGGAAAUGAAAGUAGCAGUAAAAGGGAUGAAUCACAGAAGGCUAAGCGUCCUAAACAUGGCAACUAG